AUGAAUAGUUUAACAAUAAUCGAAGCUAUUGUUUCUGCAACAUUUGUUGCUUUAGCUGUAGCCAGCAGUGAAGCACUUUUAACUCAUUAAAAAAUCUUUAAUAAUGAAUUCACAAUGACAUUAUCUAAAGUAGAAGAAAGGAUGUUUAUUCCAGCUAUGGUUUUUACAAAUUUCCUGAAAAAUGUAACUUUAAAUUCAUUAUUCAGCCUUAUUCCAACUAUAAUGACAACAUUUUUUUGUAUCAUAUUUGGAUAUUUGAUAGGAGUUGUUAUUAACAAAUAUUGUAUUAAAAAUAGAAAAUCUAUACUCCAGCAUAGUCUUAUCAGCUGCUAAUCCCCAUACUAUAAAUAUAUAAUUAUAAAUAGCUUAUGGUUUAACAACAUCAAUCUGAGAAAGAAACUGAAUCUAAGCUUGUUACAAUAAUAAUAAUAUAAACUGUGAUAGUUAAUGCUUUCAGAUGGUCUAUAGGAAAGAGAAUACUGCAAUAACAUAAAGUCACUGAACAAUAAUCUGAUGUGGAACUCUUAACUCUUAAGAUUGCAUAAUAAUAAUAACAAUUAUAAAGUAAUCAAAAUAAAAAAUAAGAAUCCUCUUUUUGA